GGAAUUCCAAGCCAACAACAUCACACUCAUGUAGGUUAGGCGUCUCUGGUGAUGGGUGAUUACUGGUUUUGAGUGUAACUUGUCUCUCGUUAACAAGGAAUUCCAAUUUCCAAGUCAACAACUUCACAGUCAUGUAGGUCCAGGGUCUGUGGUGAUGGGUGAUUACUGGCUUUUGAGUGUAACUUGUCUCUCGUUCACAAGGAAUUCCAAGUCAACAUAGCGCUCACCUAGGUCCAUGAUGAACUGCUCUGCUUACUAUUACUAGCUAAUUAAUUGCUUCAUACUCCGGCUCUGCGAGCUAGCUGCCAUGGCGACUCCUGGUUCAUUCUGUCGCUCAACUGCGCUUCAAGCCAUUUAUGUCUUGUGUUUGCUUGUCCCAGAUGCAGGUGGGCGGCACCAUCAUCGUCCUACUUGCCCUCCGUUCGCAUGCGGCCAUCUCAGCGACGUAUCGCCGCCGUUCCGCCGGCGAGGUGACCCGCCGGAGUGCGGCGUCGCAUCUUACGAGCUGACUUGCGGCGAUGGCAAGGCUACCAUUCAGAUCGACAGCGGGACAUACUUGGUGAAGAGCAUCAACUACACGGAUCAAACUUUCUGGGUCGUCGACGCCAACAUGUUGGAUUCACAUAACACUUGCCCUCUUCCUCGCUGGAAACGCAAUCUUGAUUAUUACGAGUCGCUUGAAGAAGACUCAAGCCGCAGCCACAAAGUCGAGCUGAUGCCAUCUUAUCAUUGGGGAACUUCCGCUGCUGUUUUUGUGACUUGUUCGAGGGAAGUAACCAACAGUGAGAUGCAGUACAUGCCUGUCGCUUGCAGCAGCAGCAGCUCCUUCGUUUACGUGCUAACUGGACGGUACUCUCAAUAUAUGCACAGUCUUGAGCCUUCCUGCGGGUACUUGGCCAUGACUCCUUUGGCUUUGGGUAAAGAGAAUGCAAGCUAUGCGGAUGUUAUCAAACUAAUGACAGGUGGAUUCGCUAUUCGGUUUCCUUACACAAUUCAUCCUUUCAGCUCCAGCUCGGUUAAGGACUGCAUGGCAGAGUCAUUUCAAUAUAUCCGUGAGGAACGAUCGAAGCCUGCCUGGAUUGUCCACACGGUGAUGCUUGACUUUGGUUUCUGGCCCUGCGUAUUUGAUCCUCGAUCUAGAUCGACUAAAGCUGCCCGAGUGUUCUUGGAAUUAUCAACAUUGGCCAUGUGGAUUUGGAAGUGGAUUGCUGUAUUUUGCAGGUUCAUUUUAGCGCCCCUGGUAAUAUUAACCUUCCUAGCGCACAAGUAUUGGAAGAUCAAGAUAACAACUGACGCAGUGGAGAAGUUUCUUCGGAUGCAGUUGAUGAUUGGUCCAACAAGGUAUGCCUACACCGACCUUGUUGCAAUCACAGGUCACUUUGGGGAGAAGCUCGGCCAAGGAGGCUAUGGCUCUGUAUACAAAGGUGUUCUUCUCCCUGGCAAUGUCCAUGUGGCCGUCAAGGUUCUAGGAAACUCCAACUGCAACGGUGAAGAGUUCAUCAGUGAGGUCUCCACCAUCGGUACGAUUCACCAUGUCAAUGUGGUUCAUCUUGUUGGUUUUUUUUCAGAGGAAAUGAGGAGGUCACUUGUCUACGAGUUCAUGCCACGGGGAUCGCUGGACAAGUACAUUUUCUCUUCAGAGAGAAGCUUCUCAUGGGACAAGCUCAAUGAGAUUUCUUUGGGCAUUGCCAGGGGGAUCAACUACCUUCAUUGUGGUUGCGAUAUGCAGAUACUUCACUUUGACAUCAAGCCACACAACAUCCUUCUUGAUGACAACUUUGUUCCAAAAGUUGCUGAUUUUGGCCUCGCCAAGCUGUACCCAAGGGACAACAGUUUUGUGCCGCUCAACGCCUUACGAGGAACGAUAGGUUAUAUUGCUCCAGAGAUGAUAUCUCGGAGCUUUGGUGUCAUAUCAAGCAAAUCCGAUGUCUAUAGCUUUGGAAUGCUACUGCUGGAGAUGGCUGAAGGAAGAAGAAACUCGAACAUGCACGCUGAAAACUCUAGUCAGGCCUACUACCCAUCAUGGGUGUAUGACCAGUUAUUUGGGCAACAAAUGGGCGUUGGUGAGACAACUUUUGCUAUUGUAUCUGACAUGCAUGAGAUAGAGAGGAAGCUGUGUAUAGUUGGGCUGCAUUGCAUCCAAAUGAGAUCUCACGAUCGGCCAACAAUGGGCAUGGUCAUAGAGAUGCUUGAAGGUGACAUUGUUGGCCUGCAGAUGCCUCCAAGACCAUUCUUCUGUGAUGAUGAACUCAUUCCUCCUGUGGGUGAUUCCUACCAUUUCUCCUCUGAGCUAAUUGAAAUCUCAGAGGAGGAUGAGUGAAGCUUGUGCGUGCUUUGAUGCAAACCAGCUAGUAGCUACUUGCUAGUACCUUGUGUAGGUUGUAAAAUGAUGAAGCUAGAAAUAACUGUAAAGAGUUAUAUGUUUCUUGUGCACUAUUUAUUUAAAACGAUAAAUGUUGUAUUUUUUUUUUAAAUUUGCUACAUGUAACUAUUUAUGGAG